GGCAAUUUUAAUGGCUGCUUUGAGAAAUAAAGCAUUUUUAUUUCCUGAUUACACUGACGCCGAUUCGGAGAGUUGUGGAUGUGGAAAACCCGAAGAUAGAUAACUCCUUGUCUGUGUUGCUGAAUCCAAGUUUAAGCAGUUACUUGACUUCAGCUGUAAAGUAAAAUCAAGUUCAACAACAAGUUCCGCCUAUGGCCAUCUUUGAUACAUUUAAAGAGCUCACCUCCCUGUUCAUGAGACUUUAGGCAAGAAGAGAAAACUAGUGUCACCAAACCAUUUCAAGAACAAGCGAGUACAGAGAAUACAUGACACGACCACAAGUCCCCCAUGGACCCCACUGUACCCGGGCUCCUCUCUAGAGCAGCAGGCUAUCCAAUACAUCCACAAGUUCUACUGUAAGGACUGCCAAAUGGACCAGCAAGCUGCGGAUAUUGCUAAGGCUGUGGCCGCGGGCUCCACAGGGGAGGAAUCCAACAUGAGCUUCUGUGGGAGUGGGGACAGUGCAGGGGGGUCUGCUGUGGAGGUCAAGCAGGAACCCCCCUCUCCUAUGAGCCCCCAACAAACAACUGAUGAGGCCUCCCUGAUGGUUACCCUCGACAAAAACAAGGAAUCAUUAAAGAGAAAGUUGAUGAUGAGACGAUCGCUACAUGAACUAGUGGACCAAGGAAUAUACCCUUCCCCCAAAAUCCCAAUAGCCUUUGUGGAACAGAAGAAAAGCCUUGAAAGAGCAAAGAUUGGAGAUUCCCUGCGCUUCAAAAUCUCCCACAGACCUGACAGACAGCAGCUAGUCCAACAACACAUCUUAGAAGACACGAAUGUGAAUGUGGACCCAUCACUACAUGAGAGACAGCGCCAGCUGAAGAAGGCUCGGCUGGCGGACAGUCUCAACGACAAGCUCUCCCACAGGCCUGGGGUUCUGGAACUAGUGCAGGGAAACAUACUACAGACAGACGGCAAACUUGGGCAACUUAUCAAAGAGGGCUCACUAUCGUUUGAUUUAGAGGGUGACGCCUACAGUUAUGAUGCAGCCUAUGAGGACAGUCGAUCCAGCGAUGAUGCCCUCUCACCCGACUUCACAGAUGACUCAAACCUGUCGGACAUCAGCAGUCCACCUGCUAUACCUCCAGCACCGGAGCUACCUACUUCAUUCGCCAAAUCACUCGGUUUUCCAGCGCAGAUCACAUUCGCUCAUGAUUCAAAGGUGACGUUUUCGCAGUCGACGUCAGCAUUCACCAUUCCAAACCAAACAGCCAACUCAACUGGACUGAGUUUUUCUGGUGCUUUCUCUGGAACUGGCUUUUAUACGCCAAGAAACAAUGUAACUGUAAAUACUAUAAACAACAACAAAAUAAAACCUAAGAAACCUAAACCAAAACCUCCGACAAAGGCAAAGGUUAUAAAAUUCCAUGAAUACAAGGGGCCACCGAAUGUUGUGAAAAGCACAGCUCCAGUGUUGUCCACUUCCAUGCCCGUUCUGGGUAACCCAGCAACAGUCAACAGUGCACCUGUUGAACAGAAGCCUGACCCUGCAAAUCAUUCAGACACUCCCUACAACAUCUUGCUACAGCAGCAACAACUUUAUCUGCAGUGGCAGCUGGAGAUCAACCAGAAGAACCUGAAUGCUACCGUGAUAGUUCCCACUCAGAAGGAGGGCCAGCCAGCACUGGUCUCGCCCACAAUAGCAGCAAGCGGAGGGUUCACUGUGGGAACAAGCGUAGCAGAAUCACCACCAGUGUCUGUCGCCACCAAGACACCGACACACACAGUGUUCACUGUGACGCCCACCAACCAACAUGCCCAGCCGCCUGCACAGAUCCAGCAAAUCAGGAUUGCCUCCCCUGGUCUUGCCCAGGUCAAGUCUGAGCCCCAAGUCGGGCAGCAGCCACAGAUGAAUCCCAACAUUACGCCUGUGACAAACACUACCAAGCUGGUAAAGAAACCAACUGUGACAAUAGCACAGGCAACUCCACAGAAAUUUUAUACAAGCUUAGAAGAGAUGAAAGUGCCUGAAUUGAAAGCAGAGUUGAAGAAAAGAAACUUAACAGUUUCUGGUCAGAAGCCCAAGUUGAUAGAAAGACUGAGGCCUUAUGCUGAUGCCAUUUUGAAGGCCCCAGUUGAUAAGUCUCCAACAGGUUCUGUGACAUCUCCUGGGAGUUCAGUGUUGUCUCCGACAGGAUCUGUUAUAUCAUCAAGGUCAGGAACAUCACCACAGCCUUUUUCUGUGAUGUCUCCACCUAGUGCUGUAACAUCUCCGCAAAACAUGCUGAUGUCAGUAAAACCGGUGGUGUUUUCCCAGACCGGUUCAGUACUAUCAUCAAAUGCUUCCGGAGGUACAAUGACUUUACCAGUCUCCUAUUCAAGUGCAACAGGUUUAUUCACACAGCAGGGUUUGGUGCAUUCAACACAGAGCACUUUCAAAUCACCAGGGUCAGUGAACUCAACAGUUGUUACUUCACCAUCUACUGUUGGCAGCUCAAGUCUGUCCAGAUCAGAGUUGGUCAUGUCUCCAGUGGGGUCAGUCAUAGAUGAGAUCUUGUGUGGAAAUGCUGAGUCACCCUUGGCUUCCAUACAAUCCAUGCAGUCUGCUGUGAGUGUGUCGAACAUGACAUUGAUGCCAGAUGACCUGAGCAACCCAUUCUCCCCACCCCCAUCUCCCCUGACCAUGGAGAAUGUGAUGACCCCACUCUCACCAGAUCUAAUGGACACCCAGGUUCACUCACCUGUAAAUGCUCAAACUCAUAGACAAGAAACCCAUGUUCAACACAUGCACCAGAGUAUCUCCAAUCCACAAUUGCAUAAUACAAAUAAUACAAACAAUGUGCCCACCAGCAUGGAGCAGUCAAGACCUCCUUCCGUGCUCUCAGUGAUACAACAUGAUCCUGACAGAAUUGAUAUGGACAUAGAUCUUGACAUGAAUGCUAGCACCUCAUCUGAAUAUACUCCGGUUUCAGUGGGUUCUUCAAAGUCACAGAUGCCAACUACAUCAAGUUUCAAUGCUGUUAGUCAGUUCAACUCACUUGACCCUAGCAGCAUAAGGUCUCAGCAGGAUGAUCAGCAGGAAAUGUUGAACCACAUUCAGGCACAACUGAAAAUGCUGCAGGAAAAACAACAGCAAAAGCAGCACCAGUCUCAAAUGGCAGCCUCCCAGCAACUGUCACAGGAGGAGCUGCUGCGACAACAGCAGGAAAAGAUUGAGAAGCUGCAGGCCCAGCUACAGGAAUCACAGCUACAGCUGCAGCUACAACAGUUGCAACACCAGCAGCUGCAGCACCAGCAACAGCAACUGCAGUUGUUACAGCAGAAUGCAACUCAACAGCAGCAGCAAACUGCUCAGCAGCAGCAACAAGAACAACAGCAACAAGAACUGCACCAACAACAACAACAACAAGCUCAGCAGCAACAACAGAACCAACAUCAGCAACAACAGCAGAAGGCACAUUCUUUGUUACAUCAUCAAUCUACAAUGGCACAGCAACAGUCUCAGCAGGCUAUGCAGACUCAACAGUCGUUACAUGGUCAGCCAGAAGUGCAGAAGCCCCAUGGUCAGCCACAGGUGCUGGUCCCGGCCCCGAUGAUCUCCCAGGCACAGGGACAGCAUGGCCAGCCUCAGGUGCAGCUCUCCCCUCAGCACACAGCAGUCAACCUGCCACAGUCUCAGAUGCAGACCUCUCAAGGAGCUAAAAGACAGAACACUGUUCAGGUACCCAGGACCAUUGUACAUGUUUCUGCAUCUUCUACGCCCACUCAGACUGUCACAAUCCAAAACUCUGCUGUAAGCCCGGGCCAGAGGGUUCACCAACAACAGUCACAACCUGCACACCAACAGCAGUACCAUGUGCAGCAUCAGCAACAAGCAAAGCCUGUGACAACAGCUCCACAGGUAAUUCUCAAUGUUCCUAAUGGCUCCAAGACUCCAGCGAUUGGCAAUCUAGCAAAUAUGAAGCAGAUCCAGAUCCCUGCGAGCUGGCUGACAAACAUCCAGUCCACCCCACACGGCAUGUCUGCUGUCAUUGUACCACAGCCCACAUCGAAGAAGGCCAAACCACCAAGUCUGGAGUUCUUGAAAAACCAGGCUGUCAAUCAGACCCUCAACCUGGGCCCUGGCAAAUCCCUGAUAGCUGUGUCAAACAGCUCUACUGGGGUUCCCCAAUUCAUCAUUGCAACAGCCCCACAGCCCAAGGCCAGCCCUGCAGCGCCCAACUCGACGGCCACUGCUCCACCUCCAAAUGGGCUCAUCAAAUCACAACAUCAGAAAAUGACGAUGUCGCUGCCCACGUCUCCAGUUGAAGGCUCGACCCACUCCAAUGUGACCCGAACAUCCUCCAAUCCAUUUUUCAUUCCUAUGAAGGAACCACCGAAAUAUGACGAGGCAGUCAGAAACAAGCAGUCCAAGACCCCAGAUGUAGCUGGGAAUCACGGUAACCAGCCUGUGGAGAACAGACAGACCAUGGACGAUGUCCUAGAAAUACUCAUUCGCUCUGGAGAAUUACCUGCCAGUGCCGCUCAGGAGCCACCGCCAACUCCGAACACAAUGUCGCAGUCACCGGCGGUGCCAACCAUUUCCAUGUCACAAUCAGCCUCGGCUGUGACAAUGUACAACAACACAGUUAUGUCCCCUGCCCAGUCUGUAGUGUCGCCCAGUAAUGGCUACUCAGAGAUGAAGGGGAACAUUGAUAGUGUGUACUUGCCAUUCGAGCAAACUUCCAUUCCCAGUUUUAUGAAUGUGAAUGACGUUAAAACUGAGGUGAAAUACGAACCAUAUAGCCCUCCAGUGUACGAAUAUGAGGCAUAUAGUCCACAAACGACCAUAAAUGUGUAUCCCCCUGUGGAUCACAACUCAGACUCCAAUGACUUGUUUGACUUAAAUGAUGUGAUAAACAGUGAUCUAAAUGGUGAUUUGAAUGCGAUGGACUGGACACCAGAUCCGGCAUUCGGAGAUCUAGACCUCACAGACACUACAAGUAUGAACACAGCGAUGGAUGCUAAGAUGAGUGAACAGUCAACAUUGACAAUACCACAGGUCCAUUCGCCACAGAAGUCCAUACAUGGCUCAGAGCCGGAUCUUGCUAAUCUCGGUCUAGGGGAUAUGGACACAAACUCUCAUAUGCAAAUUGACGUUCCUGAUUGGCUGGAUGUUAUUAUGCCAAGUACAGGGUUUACCCCCGUUAGUGCUAAUGCUCCGGUGUCAUUUCCAGCUGAUCCUAUAUUGACCCCACAGACACAGAAGGAGGUGUUGGAUUUGUUUAAUUUCGAUGAAUCAGACUUAAACACCCCUUCAGAUCUGAACUUUGGGUCUGCUUGGGACAAGCUCACAGAAACUACGAGUUGAAGCAAAGAAUUUGUGUCAACAUCUUAGUUAUCAUUUUGUGUGAUGGUUUUUAGACAUGGGAACAAAUCAAAUUAAAAACAAGCGUACAUGGCUGCUUGUUACCAGUGCCUCCAUAGAAGUAUUCUCAAGAAAUGGACCAACCGAAAUGGGCUCAAUAUAUGAAACUGAAGACAAGCGUGUAUGACUUCCAUUAGGAUGUAGUUAUAACAGUUACAAGGGUGCUUUCCUUUUCGUUAAGAGGACAUUUAAGCCCUGAGGUUCAAGCUAGAUGGUAUAGAUAUGAAGUUACAAAUUUUAAAUGACGAACAAUGGUUAGUUGGUGCAUGGAGAUUUAAAGGGCUUUAAUUAUUAAAAACAUAGAGAAAAAUAUAACUAAAAAUUGUGUUUGGCUCUUCUGUUGUUUUGAACCCCUUUUGUGAAUGUGUUUUUUUCUGAUUUCACUAGCUUGAGCCUGUAGAACACUGUGUGAUAGAGUUGCUGAUUUGUGUCUUAUAGUUGUUGAUCUUGUUUUUGAAACUGUUGCGUUUUGUUGUCCAUAUUAUUUCAUCAUGUGUUAAUACACUUUCACAAUUCCCUUCAAGAAUGCAAUGAUCUUGAAUGACCAUUUGCAUAGUUGUUAUAUUAAAACUGAUUGGGUGUUCUUGCAUUCACUGCAAGCACCAAUAAAGAAAUCCAUGAACUUAAUUCAUUCAAAAAGUUGUACAAAUAAAUUUACUUUUAUAUUUAGUUUUAAUAAAUAGUAAAUCGAAAGUAAUGAUUAUGUCAUAAAUAUGUUGAAAAUUUCUACUGAUUUAUCGCAUAAUCAAGACUUUGAGCAAUUAAAAAAUCUUAAACAUAAAGAAGAAAGUGUUAAACUGUGUUAGAUAUAUGAAGAGAUUUAUGAAUGCACAGACAUGCAGAAAAUUAUGGAUUUUAACAAAUUUUCUACAAAAUUGAUUGUGAAAUGUGCCUGGUCACUUACUUUUGAAAUUGUAAAUACAUGAUGGUGGAGAGGAGUGGAGACAGAUAUACACACUUUCAUGUAACAUACGCAUGACAGCUAUACAUUCAUUGUAUAAUCUUCAUCAAGUAGUUCAACAGUUUUAUAAGUUUCCAUUUUAUUAUUAAAGGAGUCUUUGAACUAGAUCAAGUACUCGCUGAUUAAUCCUGUUACUGUGCAUAAUCUCAUUAAUGUCUGGUUUUAUAUGAGUUGUUCACCUUUGUGCAAUUAACUUUUAUCUUAUUGUCCAUUCUAAACAUAUCCUCUUUUGUUUUUGUAGUAAAAAUCCAAUGAAAUCAUUGUUUUAAAGAAGUUCUUUAUUUUUUGUCGAUUUUUUGUUUUUCUUAAAAUCAAUGAAUUUCGGACAAGAUUACAAUAUACAAGAACAUAUUCUAGUCCAUUAUCUCGUUAUACUUGGAUAUUUUAAUACUGAUUUUGUUGUUUUCAGUAGUAAUUAUUCUUUAUCAUUAAGUAUUAUCGCUUGAAGUUUAGCCAUUUAGCUACUUUGAAUGUCAUACAUAAAUGUUAGUUACUUGUUAAAAAGUUGGCAUUAAAUGUUAAACUAGAAAGUGUAAUUGUUGUGUACAUACUGUGCUGUUAAUGAAUUAAUUUAAUGAUAUAAUUGUUAUUUUAUAAGGGUCCAGUUUUUCGGAAUGUUAUUUUUUCUAUUCUGCAGUUUUAUAUGUUUAUAUAUUAUAAAUGUAUGCCAUGUAACUUAAUUUGUUUAUUAGAGUGUCUAUUAUGAGAUAGUUUUGUCGCCGUGACAGGAUGGAACUCUUGUGUUGGGAAACCAUCAUUCAUAAUAUGGUAUUUAUAUAUUAUAAUACUUGUUUCAUCUUCAAAUAACAGAAUAUUCCUGUGGUGUCCAGAGAUCAAAACAUUCAUUUGUUGUCAGUUUUCAGAAUUUUUAAUGUGAUUUUUAAAAAGUAAGUCCAUUUUCUAAAGUGAAAAAAAGAAAAAUAUGUUUUUGUUGAGAAAAAAGAGGAUGGUGCUAAGGACACAGAAACUCUAAAUUUGGCAUUAAGUAUCAAUACUCUCAAAACAGUUUGAUAUUAUGUGCUAAGCAGGAUUUAAAUAAAAAAUGAAACAGUAUUAGGAAUGCUGCCAGGAUGGGGGAAGAAGCAGCCUGUGUAAGGAGGGUUGUGGUAUUUUUGCUGUGUUUGACCAAGCUUACCUACUGAGCAACAUAAUGUUCAGUUCAAAUACUUGUACAUGUAUUUGGCUUUAAGUGAGGCAUUCCAUCUCAUUUUAGCCUGCCUAAAUGUCAGACAUCUCAUUCCCGACUUACACCUUUCGCUUUAUUUCCAAAACUUUAAAGACACAAUCAUGUAAAACUAACUUUCAUUUUUUACAUCAUUGAUAAUCAUAGCAGAACCAUCAUCUGCAUCACCAGACUGAUCGAGUGGCAAAAUGUCCAUGGCCCAAGUGCCCUGCACGGUAAAAUAGUACAUUGAAACAUAUCUGUUGAUAAUUCCAUAUUUCUUAGUUAUUUAUGUUACCCUUUGUAAUUGUUUCGUAAGCCUUUGUGUUAAUUGAUUAUAGUUUUAGACGUUUACUGAAACAAACAUUACUUCCUGACUUAAUCUAAAUCUUCCACAAGACUUGUAAAGUCCCUCUUCCUUUGUCAUUUAUCAUCAAAUAGUCAUAACAAUUUAGCUUAAAAACAAGAACAAAUAUGAAUAUAUAAAGAUAUGUCUGACAUUCGGGCCUUUUUUCCUUACCCCAUGACAUAUUUAUUUCUGUUACACAUUAAUUGUUAGUUCCACUGUAAAGUUAUCAUGCACUUUCAACAAUAGUACAGAAGUUGAUACAUAAUAUAUAAUGGCAAUGUCACUUGUACGGGAGCUGUACGGUGAUGCUGCGUUCAAUUAAUAAUGUUCACCAGAUAACAUUUAACUAGAUAUGUUUUAAAUCAGUUAUUUUUGACAGUUGUCUGGCACUUAAUGAAGAUUAAUAUUACAACAGCAACCUAUUUAAGAGUGAUAGUUCUAAAGUCUUUAGUUUUAUCUCAGAAAUCAUUUGUGGCCUUUUUAAAAAAUAAAUAAAAAAAUGUUAUGCUUUUUUUUAAUGGUGAUAUGAUUUUUAUCAUGUAAUUAGAAAAUAUAAAAGUAGGUAGCGUUUGUAUUUCAUAUAAGUACUGAUGCUUAGUCUGCAAACUUUUUGAUACAUCAAGAAACAUUGAAAUAUCCCCAGAAACUCCACAUGCUAACUACUUCUGUUUCUAAAGUUAUGGGACCAUGUUCUAUAGAUAUUGGGUCUAAAUUAUGGGUAAAAUUCUUGUAUGUAACUGUGAAAUUCUUCGAAGAUAUUACAUUGAAAAGAAACCAGUUCUGGAAUAAGUUUAAAAGCUGAGUAGAAAAACUAUGUGUAUAUCUUGAUAAUUUGGGCCCAAAUUGUGGUAAUAACGCAGUUAUUGGCUGAGAAAGGAUGGACCAAGAUAGAAUAGAAGCAACCCUGCUGCAUUGUAGUUAAAGCUCCUUCCAAACAUGUUUACAUAGAUUAUCAUAAUCCUGUUUAAUCAUUUGCAGAAAUGCUGAAAAGUGCAUUGUCAGAUCCUGCAAUGAGGUCCCCAUGUGCUAAUUAAUUCCAAAUGUUUAUGUGUAAACUGGUUGUCAUCCUAUGCAGCAUAGUAUAGGUAUAUUUGGCCUCGUACAUAUUUAUUUUAGUAGGCCGGCUAAGCCAACAUAUGUCAGAAUCUCAAGAAAUGUUGUAAAACACCUACAAAGACAAAGGUAAUAUUAUGACAAGUAAAUAAUCAGUUUCAAAUAUCGACGCAGCGGUUAGUUCUCUGCUGCACACAAAUCUUGUGAUGUUGAUCACAAUCAUCAGAUAUCAUUUGAAACUAAUUUUGAUUAUCUGGAAACAACAAUGGAACCUUAAAUAAAAAUAUGUGUGUAAAAUGAUUUCUUCCAAAAAAUUAUAUAGCUGAUAUCCUGCUAUUAUUUGUACAUGGUGACUUGGAUCUUCUCUGCUCAUCAAGGGAGAUGACUGUGUAGGAGAUUUGAUCAGUUUGUGCUAUUUAUAUAUGAGGCUUUCCUUCCUUUGUAAUGUUAUAGACUUGUGUUUCACUACUGUAUUGUUUUGACAUUCCAUGUGCAGAAGUUUCCCAGACAUUUCUUAUUUAUUUGUGAACAGACAUGAUUCCACAAGUUUCUGUGAAAAAAAAUGUAUCCUUACAAAAAUCACCCAUGAUUGUAUUACAGAUUAUUCUGUGUAACAGUAACUUUAUUUGCAUAAUUUAUUUCUAUGCUAGUUUCUGAUACCAGUAUGUUACAGAUAUGGCAGGAAUGUAUAAAGGUAUUUAACAUUGGGCCGCAAGAUUUGGUUUGGGCUGGGAUGUCCUGCCUUGUCCUGCUGAUAAAAUUUUGUGAAGUCUGCUAUGGCAGACGAAAAUUACAGCACAAAAGCAGAAAUAAAGUUUUAUUUGCCGUUUGUUAAUAUUUCCAGUAAAACAUAAUUCCAGUAGGGGUAACAUGGGCAUGAUAAAAUAUAAACUGUUAAUUAUCAUUAUUUUCAUAAGUAUACCUGGUCAUAGUAAAGUCAGUGAUGACUUUGAAAUAAUGUGCAUUUCACUAACAGGAUAUGUUUACCAAAAUAUUAUGUUCAGAAAGGUUAACGUUCGGGUUGAUUUGGGCUGGUUUGAUUUGAGACAUCUAUUUCAAAGUCUACUAUCAUAAUUACAUAUGCCAUUUCAUGCACAAAAGUACACGACAUAUAAUUCCUAACAAGCUUUCAUUGUGUGGAAAUUUAAUUAUACUUGUUUCGAAUCUUUAAACAAUCAAAGCCAUGCAAAUAGGAAUAUGUUUGUCAUCUUUCGAAUAUUAUGCUAAAUGGUCUCUUUUUGAUGAUCCACCAACUAUUUUCACGCCUAUACUGAGGAAAGCUUGAUAAAAGGAAACUUGUGACAGCCCAAUGCCUGUCAUGGUUAUGGCGGGUGAAUGCGAGCUAAUUUUUAAAUACAAACUCACCUAAGUGCAUGUAUGUAAACUGUAUUACAGCAAACCAAACCAGGAAACAUGUCUGUUCACCAGACUUCACUGCAUUUAGAUGUAAAUUAAAUAUUUGUGUUGGUUAUUUAUUUAUUAUGUAGCAUAAUCUUGUUAGAAUUUCAUUUUUGAUUGUUUCUAAACUUUUUUAAAAAAAAACAAACAAUUGAAUUACUUGUAAGGACUUUGUAUUUGUUCAAUCUGAUGAAAUUUACUGAUGCAUAUAUAUUUUUGAAAAAAGGAAGUAAGUUGUUACAUUUCGGCAGGUUUAAGUACAACAUAAUUACCUGCUUAUAUUGUGAUAGGGCCUUUAAGAUAAUCAAAACGUACGCCUAUAUUACUCUUGUGCAUAACCAAGUACUAGUAUUUGCUUUGCUUUUCUUGUUAUAAGAAUAGUUACAAGUAUUGGUCAAAAUAAUUAACAUGACAUUCAAUUUUAUAUACAAUCUAUCAUUGGACCUAUAUUCUUGUGUAUAGUAUUAUGCACAUUGUUGUAAUCUAGAACAAAUUGUGUAUUGUCAUUUCUAGAGUCAAGUUUCUUUGAACUGUUUGGUAGUGUUACAUUGUUAAACUUUUUGCAUGACCGUAAUUUGUACAUAGGUCAGUGCCACCUUGAAGUUUGCAUUAUGAUUUGAAGGUUACCCAUCCUAAUAAAUUAUGCUUGAAUUUCAAA